UAUAUAACGGUAAGUAGCCAAGAUGGCAGGAGAAGUAGAGGGGUCGUCGUCGCAGAAAUAUGCGAAAAUAUCCAUUACGACGACUUAGAGACGCCGGAUACGAAUAGUCCAAUGCCAGCUCCCUCCUCGGCCCCGCCGCCCUUACGGGAGAGAACCAGCUCCAAGAUGACGGACUCGCGGGAUGUUGACGGUGCAUUCGAGGGCUCAUUUGCCGGGACAGGACGGGACAUCGCCGGAGUUCGCCCUCAGCCGUGGUAUUAUCGACGAGAGUACUAUCUUGAUGGCUGGACGAAUCCCGUAAUUCAACGGGCUGCUUUUGUUGAGUGCUUUGCCACGACAUGUUCAAUCUACCUCUCCGGACAGUUUAGCAUGACUCUGAUGAACACCGGUGUCACCCAAGUCACGGCCUAUGUCGGCAUCUACAACGCCGUUUUCCUCACUCUUUUCGUAUACGCAACAGCUACUGCCACGGGCGGUCACAUAAACCCCAUGAUCACCUUCACGACUAUGCUGUGUGGCUUGACGCCUAUCCCAAGAGGCGUGGUGUUAAUCACGGCCCAAAUUCUCGGCGGUGUCCUCGCUGGAGGCGUGCUACUCGGUUCCUGGGGUCAAGAUAGAGCUAUUUCCCGCAUGGGAGGCGGCAACUUUUUCGAUCCGACGCAAAUCUCGCCCGGUCAGGUCUUGCUAAUCGAGGUGAUGUCCUCAAUGACCAUUCUUUACCUGGCGAUCGGCACCGGGUUGGAUCCACGACAGCAAGUCCUGUACGGGCGCCAGCUUGGGCCGCUGCUUGUGGGGCUCAGCUUAGGUCUCGUGUCGUCCUCAACGACAGGCGUUGCCCCCGGGUACACAGGCGCCUCGAUGAACCCCGCGCGAGCCAUCGCGCUCGCCAUUGCAGGACGAAAUUGGCAUCACCAUUGGGUGUGGUGGGUAGGACCGGCUCUCGCUUCAAUCUUGAUGGCUUUGAUGUACCGUUUUGCUCCCCCGUCUUAUGCCGAGAAGGCCAAACGCAAGGCAAUGGUGGAAUCGUCCGGGCAGCAAGAAGCACGUACGGCGGGUGUCUGAAACCUCCGGGGCGCGACACCAAAACCGGCGCAAGGGGCAUGGAGAGGAUGUAAGAUGAGCAGGUAGCCCAGAAGCUGAGCCAAAGCCGCCGAGAGACGACGCCUCCAUACAUUCCUCGGACUCCGAAAAUAAAAUAAUAAACUGUAUGACCCGCCCAAGGCUGCUACCAUCGGUCGCUGUUGAGGUUGAAGGCGGUUGACCGCCUGUUGGAGGGGCAACUGCGGGGCAGUUGGGCA